GAGACUUACAUGUGUCCUGUGUUGUUGUCGUUCUGUACCAGUAGGGUAGCUACUCCUUAAAACUGAAAGCAAUCAGUUUAACGCAGCAAUACUUUGGAAAUAUGUUGACGGCAGAGGGACUGUCUGCCUUUUCACGGCAGGUGUGGGAUAAAGUGUUGUCAAAGGUAAAGAAAGCGGUCGUUUUUAUGGAUGAUAGCUGCACGGAGUGCAUGCACUGGAACGGCGCGAUGGCCAGUUUGCUGGAAGCGGGCGCUCGCGAUCUCAAGCAGUUCUCCAGCUUCGAAUCUGGCGGCGAAAACGAGCCGAAAGCGGUCUUUGUGGUCAGCACCUUGCUCAAAGGUAGGACCGCGAACAUCAUCAGAGACAUCAUUCGACUCAGUCACUUUCAGUACUGCGUGGUCUUCACCGCGGUCUCUCACUCCGUGCACCUCCUGGCUAAUGACGUCAGCGCGGACCUGGACGGGAACCCGGUCUUCGAGCAGUUCGAGGAGAAGCUGUGCGAGUGGAUGGGCAACAUGAACUUCACCGCCGAGGUGAUGCACUGCCCACUGCUCUUCGCCCCUGUGGCGUCGCAGCUGGUCCUCUUGCCCGCCUUCGGGGACCUGUUCCCCCUCCUGACCGACGACCUGGAGACCAUCAACGCGAAACGGCCGGAGAAGAAGCGUCUGGGGAGUCUGUCGGACGUGGACAUGCACUGCCUGCCCCGGGAGCUGCAGAUCCAGAUCAAAACUCUGACAUCAGGGCUGAACGCCAUGUUCGAGUUCGCGGACGUGAGGGAGGAGAGCUUCGCCCUGGGGCCAAUGAGCCGCCUCAUCGCCGGCGAGCUGGCCAAUCACCCGCAGUCUAAAGCCAGGAGGAAGAGCGCCCCCAAUAAGGCUUCCAUAGUCUUCAUCGACAGAACACUGGACCUCACAGGUGCUGUGGGUCACCAUGGCGACAGUCUGGUGGAGAAGAUCCUGACGGUGCUGCCCCCCUUACCUGGGCACAGGUGUGACGUACAGGUGGACCUGCUGGAGCUCACACACCUGCCCCACACACCUGAGACACAGCGCAUCUUGGCCCCUGGCUGCCUGGCACAACCCCAGGAUGGGGCGGCGCGGGGGCUGUGGGAGGCCAUGCUGGGCGGGCGGCAGAAGGAGGCCGUGAUGGAGGUACGCAGACACCUGGUGGAAGCGGCCAGCAAGGAGAACCUGCCAAUCAAAAUGAGCAUGGGCCGUGUGACAGGGGAGCAGCUCUUGACUCUGGCGCGGUUGUUCAGGAGCAGCUGGGGGGUGCUGGAGAGCCACUGUGGGGUCCUGCAGCUAUCCAUGGCCACCGCCCACACCCUGACACACCCUGAGCUGAGCCUGUGGGACUCCUGCCUGGCCUUCCAGAGACUGCUGCUACAGUGUGCAGAUGUGAGAUGUGAGGUCUCUGUGUCAGUGCAGAUAUGUGAGGUCUCUGUGUCUGUGCAGAUAUGUGAGGUCUCUGUGUCUGUGCAGAUGUGA